AUGUCGUCCGGCCAUAGCAACUUCAAGGUCGAUAAGGCCGUAAUACAAGAUGCGGAGGAAAGGGUGAGGGGAGAGUACUUGAGCAUGCUGAGCAUUUUCAACACGGUGCCGUCUUUUGUCCCACAGCCCCGAGGACAUGGGAAGUGCUUGGAGUCAGACGGUUUCUUCUUUUUUUGCGACUACAAAGAAAUUGACCAUCGAGCUCCUGAUCCCACUAGACUUGGAGAGCGACUUUCAGAGCUCCAUCUCAAGUCCAGGGGCAAGUCUCCAAACGGCAAGUUUGGGUCCGAUCAUGUGCCGUAUGAUGGCAAACUGCCAUUACUGGGCGAAUGGGAUGAGAGUUGGCUGUCCUUCUUCACGAAGCUCAUGAGAUUGUCGUACAACCACGACAUCCACCUCUGGGAAGAGAACAUUGGCACUGAUAUCAACACCAAUGAGCUGUACAUCAUUGAUGCCGCGGCAUACUAUGCUCACAACGAGAAGGAGAUUGGGAUCUGGAGAUGCGACCACCAUCAGAUGAAGUCGAAGGAAUACAUAAAGCAGUACCUCAAACACUUCGAACCCGAUGAGCCGACCGAAGAAUUUGAAGACAGGAAUCUUCUGUACUCGGUGCAAACCAAAUUCAUGAAUUGUGGCCAUAUGCCUGGCACGAUCGUCAGGGCUCAGUUGAUGGGAGAUCUUAAGUAUCUCAUAGGGAAAUACCUUGAAGGGGAUGGGAAGUAA